CGGCCGCCAGCACCUCUCCGCGCCAAGGGAGGCGAUAGCGAGCCAUGCGGCCGCUCUGUCCCCGCCGCCAUCUGUAGCUCCGCCAGGCCUCGGAGGCGGCGGCGGAUGAUGGCGGCGGAGGGGACAGCGGUGGUUAUCGAAUGGCAGUCGGAGGGGGAGGGCGGCGCCGAGUCGGAGGGGGAGUUCGCGGAGCUUCUGGAAGACAAGGAGACGGCGAAGGACACCGGCUACGUGCUGUACAGGGACAGGAAGGAAUGGGCAGAUAUUGAACCCGUCCCUCAAAAUGAUGGGCCAAAUCCUGUUGUUCAGAUCAUCUACAGUGAAAAAUUUCGAGAUGUCUAUGAUUACUUCCGGGCUGUUCUGCAACGGGAUGAGAGAAGUGAAAGAGCUUUCAAGCUAACAGCAGAUGCCAUUGAGUUAAAUGCUGCAAACUACACAGUAUGGCAUUUCCGGAGAGUUCUCCUGCAGUCUUUGGGAAAGGAUCUUCAUGAGGAACUUAAGUAUAUUACAGCUAUCAUUGAAGAUCAGCCAAAGAACUACCAAGUCUGGCAUCACAGACGGGUGUUGGUGGAGUGGCUGCAGGAUCCAUCCCACGAGCUUGAGUUCAUAGCUGUCAUACUUAACCAAGAUGCCAAAAAUUACCAUGCAUGGCAACACAGACAAUGGGUUAUUCAGGAGUUCAAAUUAUGGGACAAUGAACUCGUCUAUGUAGACCAACUUCUGCAGGAAGAUGUGAGAAACAACUCUGUGUGGAACCAAAGAUACUUUGUAAUAAUCAGUACCACAGGCUAUGAUGAUCCAGCAGUCCUUGACAGAGAAGUCCAAUACACUCUUGAUAUGAUCACAGCAGUGCCACAUAAUGAAAGUGCUUGGAACUAUUUAAAAGGGAUUCUACAGGAUCGUGGUCUUUCUAAGUAUCCAAACCUGUUAGAGCAACUGUUGAAUUUACAGUCCAGUGUCAGUUCACCCUAUCUAGUUGCUUUUCUUGUGGAUAUAUAUGAAGACAUGCUCGAAACCCAGUGUGACAACAAGGAAGAAACACUGAACAAGGCAUUGGAGUUGUGUGAAAUUCUGGCUAAUGAAGACUCCAUCCGAAAGGAAUACUGGAGAUAUAUUGGAAGGUCUCUUAAGAGCAAGUACAGCUCAGGCACUGAACAGAGCACAGACACACAAGCAGCAGUAACUGAACAUGAUGGAGAACACUGUUAAGUUCUCAGGCUGUUCCAAAGCAGUUCUUAGUAGGAUCAUGAAAUAGUUCAAAGCCCAGUUGUAAUGUGGAUACAUUGAAAAUAUAAAAAUUGCCUCUCGAAUCAGCAAAAUUACAUCCAAGCUAGCAUGAGGUGGUGCCAGUUUGCUCUGUUUAAAAUGUAUCAAACUUACUUCCAUUAGCAAAACCCCUUCCACAUUGGCAAGGCUUUUUCCCUGUUUACAGUCUUUAAAUGUAGCAAGACUAAUCUCAUCAAAAUGCUAAUCAGAAUGACUCCUGAUAAGCUAUCAGACAGCUAUUGUGAAUUGGUAGCAGAUACAAGAAUUAAAGAAUUCCAGGAAGACCUGCAAAUUUACCAAUUUGCAAUCUCUGGCAAUAACUGGUAAAAAUUCAGAGGAAAGAAGUGAACAAGCAGCGAGAACCAGAGACACCAAUGACUUCAAAAAGACAUUGAUCCUGGCAUGAGGAGGUAAUACCUGAGGGGAUAAUACUUCAGUGAGGAGGUGAAGAGCUAAUUGCUCUUUCUUUUCUUAAUAGCCCUUUCCCUCUGGUGCUUCAUUUGUUUAAAAACCUGUUUUCCCUGCCUUUCUCUCACUACUAGCUCCUUCCUAAGACACCUAUCAGUGUGGUGUCAUUUUCCCUGAAAUGAACAGUUGCAAUUCAUUCAAACUAUAGAGCAGGCUAUUUUUGCAGUUAGUAGGACGUGUAUGCACAGUGGCUAACAUUUACUCACAAACAAAAUAUAAAAUAUUAAUGGUUACAAACAGUGACACCAGUGUAGGAUUUUCCUGCUCUUGGGUCAGAAGAGAUUAGAACCCAACUGGUUUUGUUAUGUAACUGCACUGAACUAGCAAAGCAGGAGUGGUUCCUGGAGGAAUUUUUCAUGUUACAUGUCUUAACUUUGUUGCUCCUAUAGGUUUUUUAUAUCUUUUCCAUGUUGGUAUUAAUAAGCAGUGGUUAAGCCAAGAAGUGGUUGACCUCCAAAUUUGUGAAAGAUAGAAAGCACCUGCAGUACAGAAAGGCAAAAGAUAAAUACACCUGCAUGAGGACUGCUGCAUCUGACCUGUUUUCAGUAAAUGGCUGUUGUAAACUGUUCUUGGCACAGAGUGUUUGUUUGAUAGGAAACAUUUUUUGCAGAUGGUCAUUAAAGGUAAUACUAGUAUUUAUUCCCUAAUAUGAACUUUCUGAUAAACAUUAGGACAUCUGAUAAAUAUUAAAAGCUGCUGCUAUAAUGAAACCAUAUUUUAAACAUUUGAAACAAGUUAAUUCAAUACUUUCUUUAUAUCUAAAAUAACUCACAGGAAGUAGAAUUAAUAUCAUAGAAUCAUAGAAUGGUUUGGAUUGGAAGGUUUGUUAGUUCCACCUCCCCUGCCAUAGCAGCCUUACAGUACCUGAAAGCUAUCCCUGUCUGCAAGGUCUCUCUGGAGCCUUCUCUUCUCCAGGCUGAAUAAAACCAACGUUUUCAGCUUGUCUUCAUAGGAGAGGUGCUCUGGUCCUCUAAUCAUCUUUGUGACCAUCCUCUGAAGUCACUCCAAUAGCUUCAUGUCUGUCUUGUGUUGGGAGCUCCAGAACUGGGCACAAUAUUCCAGGUAAAGCCUUACAAGAGGGAAGUAGAGAAUUGCCUCACUUGACCAUGUGGGAAUGAUGUACAUUUUUUUUAUGGUUGUGCUGUUUUCUCAGCAGUGGAGAAAACAUUUUUGUAGUGCACAUGAACAUUUGAAAAUUGGCAUGAACCUUAAACUUGAAGAGAUUUUACCUCCUUUGGUUUUUUACCUUUUUUUUUUUUUUCUUUUUACUACUACAGUGGAAGUUCCCCUAUAGAACUAAAAAUGUAUGUUUCUACCCUCGUGAAUUGUUCCUAAUUGAAACUACACUAAAUAUGGCUUACUGAUCAGGCAGAUGUUCAGCAUAUGCUAUUAUACAAAGCAGUAUAUUUGCCAUUACCAGUCAGGAAAGCUGAGAGAGCGAUUCAGACAAAUGUAAUCCUUAAAAUAAAAAUCAGUGAAGAGGGACCAGAAUUUCCUCUGCAUAUGGUGUUACUAAGUUGCCAUAUCUUUCAUGAAACAAAUUUGGAGGACAUUUGGAAUAAGAGUAUUUUUAUAGAGACAGGCAUGAAUUUCAGAUUAAACAAAAUCACACCAAUGUAAGAUGUGGUAGUCAGCCAUACUCAAAUACUGAAUUGUCAGAGCUGAAAAAAUGACAGACUGGCCAGACAGGUUGCAACUGCAUUUACUGAGACUUAAAUUUUGAAAAUAGGUCAAAAUAGGUCAGAAUUCUAUGAAUGUAGGAGGCUGACAAAAUAUGAGGUGCUGAGAGAAGGAUGUAAUGGUAAGAAGUAUAUGACUGUAACGUGCUUGUGUUGACUACCUAGGAUCAGGGGAAAUGUCAAACUGAAUACUGUUUUCAGUUUUGGGCCUCUCACUAUAUAAGGACUUUCAGGUGCUGUAGUGUGUCCAAACAAGGAAAACAAAGCUAGUGAAGGGUCUAGAGCAUGAGCUGUAGGAGGAACAGCUGAGGGAACAGUGGUGGUUUAGCCUACAGAAUAGGAGCCUGAGAGAACACCUUGUAAUUCUGUAACCACCUGACAAGAAGUUGUUGGAAGGUGAGGUUUGGUCUCUAAUUUACAAGCCAUAGGACAAGAGGAAAUGCCUCAAGUUGUGUCAGGGGAUGUUUGGAUUAAAGGUUAGCCCUUUUGGCAAACAGAUUUUUCCUAUUAAGCAUUGCAACAGGCUGCUCAGGGAGUCAGCAUCCCUGGAGGUACUUAUAGGACUUGUAGAUGUGGUGCUUAUGAUUUGUUCUAAUGGUUCAUCUGUACAAUAAAAUUUAUUGUUUUUACUGAUUGUGUGUAGUGAUGUGACUUGUGUACAAUUUUAUUACUGCAGUGCUGUGUCUAAAUGGAAAACUGUAUUGCUACAACUGUCCCUUGUAAAUCAGUGCAAUGGAAACAACAGAGACAGAGAAUUUAUUAAAGCAUAUUAAAUUUUCCUAUGCCUCCUUUCA